AUGUCAUCACUACUUGACAUCAAUGAGAUUUUCGAUAUUGAUGAAGAAGAGGAGGUUGAAAUGAAUAAUAGUGAUAUUAAUAUUAAUGAUGAACUUGACGACAUGCUUGAUAGAAUUCUAGAUGCUAUGGAUGGUACUGGACAUGUACAAGAAAUAGUUGAUGAUGAUAAUAGAGAAGGGUCUUCAGAGAAUGAGAGAAAUGAGAGAUCUAAAACAUAUCAUAUUUCG